AUGGCAUGGAGGGAUGGUUACACUGUUCAGAUUUUACAGCAUGGUAGAUUCUUCAUUGCGGCAUCGGUUCUGACAACUGGUUCUAAUGAUCCCUAUGGUGUUCUAGGUGUUUAUCUCAGUUCAAAUCAUCUACAUAGAAUGGCUCAGUUUGCUGAAUUAACUUUAGUCACCCAACAGUUCGAUGUUAAGGUUGUGUUAAUGGGUGAUUUUAAUGUCAUUUCUAAUCAAUUGGAGAAAGCAGGUGGGGGUGCUAAAUCUUCUUUUUCUAUUGAAAUCUUUAACAGUUUUAUUGAUGAUAAUUCCCUGAUUGAUAUUGGUAUGGUCGGAAGACCAUUCACUUGGUCGAAUAGACGGAGUGGUGAUGAGUUGAUACAGGAAAGACUGGACCGAUUCCUGGACGGUACUACCUACCACAAGGGAUGCAAGAGGCCGCAAUGUGAGAUUAGAGGAACUCCAGCGAACAUGAGUGGUUGUUCUUCACUACAGCCAAGCCCACAGGCAUCAACGUUCCCAAGCCCUGUUCCUUCCUACCAUGCUAGCCCAACUUCCUCAUCAUUCCCCAACCCCUCUCGCAUUGAUCGCAACCUUCAAAACCCCUCUUCAUUCCUCCUACCAUUCAUUCAUAACAUCACCUCCAUCCCCACAAACCUUCCUCCUCUUAGAAUAUCCAAUAGUGCCCCUGUUACCCCUCCUCUUUCUUCCCCAACCUCUAGGGGUUCUAAAAGGAAGGCGGAUUUUGAAUCCCUCUCCAAUGUUUCCUCUCUUAAUUCGUUCCGCCAUCCUCUCUUUUCAGUAUCCGCCCCAUCCAGUCCCUUCCGCCGCCACCAAUUGGCUACUUCCACCAUUCCUGAGUGUGAUGAAUCUGAUGCUUCCACUGUGGACUCCGGUCGCUGGGUUAGUUUUCAGACAACGACGGCCUCGGCUGCUCCUCCAUCGCCUACCUUUAACCUUGUGAAACCAGCAAUGCAGCAGAUCACUCCCCAGAGUUCCAUGGAUAUGAAUGAAGGCAUGCAAUGGGGCCAGACUGCAGAGAAAGGAAGACCAUCGGAUUUUGACUUUGAGAAUGGUAGAGUGAAGCCAUGGGAGGGUGAGAGGAUACAUGAGGUGGGAGUGGAUGAGUUGGAACUUACUCUAGGCUGUGGAAAGGCCUGAUGUUGAAAAAAUUGUUUAGGGCUACCUCCAGGCAAAACGGCGUCGUUUAAGGCUGCCUAUAUGGACCACAAACCGCCAGCUCAGCGCUCCGGCUGCUGAGUCACGCCGGAAAUUGGUGGAAGGACCAGGAUUUCACACGGAGCUCAAUCUGAAGGGUGCAAUUAGAGCAUUUUGAAAGUUAGGGGUAACAUUGGUGCACGGACUCAAUCUGAGGGACCAUUUUGGGAAUUUACUCUCUUUUUUCUUUCCAUACAAGUGGUGGAGUUUGGAGGGACUUCGAAUAAAAUACUAGAUAACUACAAACAUUUUAAUCAGUAUGGAUUAAUUUAAUGAUUAGUUAAUUAGUAUAAUUGAAUAAUUGUUAGGAAUUUGAAUUUUAUUUUAUCUUUGUAGUAAUUUAUAUCUAUUCAUGAAUUGGACUGAAAAAUGAGUAAAAUAUCAAUUCAGAUCCU